AGGAGCAGGACGCUCCCGGCAGCUGCCCCACCCCGUGGGACCCCUGGGCACCCUCCACCUGCUGCAGCUCGCCCGGCGGGAGGGGAAGCCAGGCUGCAGCACCCAGCUCGGGGGCAUCUCUCCCUGCAGUUGCCACCCCCGGGGGCUUCCUCGGCUUUGGCUUUCAGAAGCGCCCUUCCCUGCCAGCCCCGGUGCCCCCCAAGUGAAUUCCUGCCUGGCGGCCCUGCUCUCCCCUCCCCUGCCAGCAUCAGCAGCAUCCAUCUCCCCUCCCUCCCUCCGCCUGCAUGGAGAGAGAGAAUGGCGGAGAGAGAGAAAGGAGCCACGUCCCCGGCCGGAUCGUCUCCGUUCCUGGGGCUGCACCUGGCCUCGCCCCCCAAUUUCAGGCUCACCCAUGACAUCAGCCUUGAGGAGUUUGAGGAUGAAGACCUCUCUGAAAUCACCGAUGAGUGUGGAAUCAGCCUGCACUGUAAGGACAGCCUGGCCUCCCGGGUGAAUGAAGGGAAAGAGGACGCAGAUUGGAAAUGUGUGAUAAAAGGGACGCUGACUACAGUGAAGAGACAGAGCCAUGUGAGCCUGCAGACCAAUAGCUGCCUGGGGGUGGGCAGCGGGGAGGCGAGCCGGCUCCAGGCAGAGAUGCUUCAGCUGGACCUGAUCGAUGCUGCCGGGGAGACCUCUGCCGAAGAGGAAACCGCCCCAGAGCCGCUCAAGAAGGAGCCCCCGCCAGUAACCAUGGACACCUACAGACCCAAGCGGCCCACAACUCUCAACCUCUUCCCACAGGUGCCUCGGACCCAGGACACUCUGAAUAACAACUCUCUAGGGAAAAAGCACAGUUGGCAGGAGCGGGUGUCCCGGUCGUCAUCCCCCCUGAAAACUGGUGAGCAGACCCCUCCCCAUGACCACGUUUGCCUAAGUGAUGAGGUCAAUCACCAAAAUAGCACAACCUCCACCAAAGAUCGGGGCACGUCCACGGAGAGCCCGUGCCGGCGCACGGCCGCCACACAGAUUGCCCCUGCCUGUGUUGUCUCCUCCCGGGUGCCUGAGAAGCACCAGGCUGCCAGCCGGCUCCCACCCCACAACCCCAGUGUGGUGGUGGUGACAAGGGGGCCGGAAGCCCACCGGGACCGCAUCCGCUACCAGACGGACGUGAGGCUAGAAGCCACCGAGGAGAUCUACCUGACACCUGUGCAGAAGAACUCGGACCCACUGGAGCCUGAGAAGCCCUUCCUGUCGCAGUCCAGUGAGAACCGUAUGUCCAUCAGUUCUGACAUUGACACCUCCAGCUACCCCCCGCUGACGGGGAAGCCCAACCCCUCCAUCAGCGAGGAGGACGAGGUGCUGGACUACAUGUCCUCGCCCGAGAAGAUGAGCCUGCCCAGGACCUCGUGCAGCAGCAGCAGCAACGGUGGCUACCGGCAUGGGCACAGCCUCCAGAGGGCGUCCGUGAGCUCAGACACCAGUGCCCUCUCUUACGACUCAGUCAAGUACACGCUGGUGGUAGAUGAGAACGUGCAGCUGGAACUCGUCAGCCUGAAGCAGUGCUACUCGGGCUACAGCGACGAGAGUGACUCAGCAACCGUCUACGACAACUGCGUCUCCUCACCCUAUGAGUCGGCCAUCGGCGAGGAGUAUGAGGAGGAUGCGCUGAAGCGGGAUUCAGUCUGCCUGUCUGAGGACUCCACCCCCGAGGCUGACAUCCACUUCUCCAAGAAGUUCCUCAACGUCUUCAUGAGUGGCCGGUCGCGUUCCUCUAGUGCAGAAUCGUUUGGGCUGUUCUCCUGUACGAUCAAUGGGGAGGAGCAGGAACAGACUCACCGUGCUGUCUUUAGGUUUGUGCCUCGUCAUGCGGAUGAACUGGAGUUGGAGGUGGACGACCCUCUGCUGGUGGAGGUGCAGGCAGAAGAUUAUUGGUAUGAGGCCUACAACAUGAGGACAGGCGACCGGGGCAUCUUCCCUGCUUACUAUGCGAUUGAGGUCACCAAGGAUCCUGACCACAUUACAGCCCUGACCAAGAACAGUGACUGGAUGGAUCAGUUCCGGGUGAAGUUCCUUGGCUCAGUCCAGGUUCCAUAUCACAAAGGCAAUGAUGUGCUGUGUGCGGCUAUGCAGAAGAUUGCCACCACCCGCCGCCUCACUGUGCACUUUAACCCACCCUCCAGCUGCGUCCUGGAGAUCAAUGUGCGAGGAGUCAAGAUUGCUGUGAAAUCUGAUGAUUCCAAGGAGCAGAACAAGGGUAAUAAAUGUAGCCACUUUUUCCAGCUGAAGAACAUUUCCUUCUGUGGAUACCAUCCAAAGAACAACAAAUAUUUUGGGUUUAUCACCAAGCACCCAGCUGACCACAGAUUUGCCUGUCACGUCUUCGUCUCAGAGGAGUCAACCAAGCCGCUUGCGGAGUCUGUAGGGAGGGCUUUCCAGCAGUUCUACAAGGAAUAUGUGGAGUACACCUGCCCCACAGAGGACAUCUACCUGGAGUAGGGACUGGGCCAGGUGCCCUUCUGUACAGACAGGGCCAGCGAACUCGCCCAUUCCCCAUCAUGCAUGGACAAGCUGCUUUGACACUGGAGGAGGAACAGAGCUGGGGAUGGCUCCCUUGGUGCAUGGAGGACUGCCUCUUUUCAGGACUCUCCUUGGGCUGGGGAUUGGGGGAUGCGAGGGGGAGAGAUGAAAAAUGGGGUUUAUUGUAAAAUACUCCUUUAGUUUAUUAUAUUGAAGAAGAAGCACGGCUGUGGGCUCUGAAGGGGGAACAGGCAGCCUGGGGCAGGAAUGCAGCUGUGGCACUGGAGCUGGCCUAGGACAGAGCAGCCCUGUCACUGUAUAAGUGAGAGGGCUGGCCUGGUGUGAUGAGCGAGCACUCAUCCUCCUCCCUCCUGGGUGCUGGAGUGAGGACGCCUCCCAGCUCCUGGCCUGACUUGCAGCUUUAGCCAGCUUUCUACAGCUCCCUCAGGCUGAUUUUUAACUCCAGGGCAGCAUUGGCCUCGCACUGUGAAGCCCCAUCAGCUGCUGAGAACUGGAGCUGAUAGGAACAGGUCAGCCUAAGUCCUGACUGAGAGGGAAGGGGGUAACUCCACCCCACCCCCUGAGGGGCAGGGUGGCAUGGGCAUGGCAGAGAGAGGCAACUGCUAAAAGCCUUGGAACCACUUGAGGGGUACCACAUGGAAGACAGUCUCAUCCCAGGAGGGAAGAGCAGCCUGGUUUGUAGCCUCCCUGCCAUUCCCACGCAGACAGCCUGAGAGAACCCCCUGCUUUCCAGGGGUGAAUAUUAGCCUGGGCUGAGACUGAGGCCCUAUUUCUCCUCCCUGUAGAGGAGUGAGUUUGAGGAGGAGGAGCGGGGAGCAGAAGAGUCAAUACUCGCUCAUCCUGUAUGGGUGGGAGGGGAACAGUUCCUCCGGGGGCCCCUGCCCUUCAGUCUCCAGGUGGGGGGAACUCCUCUGCUCCUUACCCCACCAGCUGCAGGUGCCAGUGGGCUACUUGCAUACUGGGAUGCAAGUUUGAAAGUGAGAGGCAGUGGGUCUAGUCCAUCCACAGUGGGAUGAGCACAACAAGAAUUCCUUCCCAGCCUCCACGAUGGCAGUGGCCCCACCGCGGGGGAGAGGCGCCAGGAACCUGAGAGACAAGCUGGGACCCUGAGACAAGAGAGGGAGCAGCAAGGGGCUCAGGACUGCAGUGAGGUGUGCUAAUAUCUAGGGGAUGACACUUCUCCCCUCCAGUCAAGGUCUCUGGCCUUCAGCUGGAUCUGCUGUGGUGGCAAAACUAUUAAACAUAAAGUUUCAUGGA